AGAACGGAUUUAAAAUUUUUGAAAUUAAUUUUCAGUGAGUAUUUAAGUCGGGGAGUUACGAGCACAGACUUUAGUUGGAAAAUUAAUCAAAAUGAGUGAGAAGCAGAAAAACGAUGAAGAAGAAAACAGUACGUUCUAUUUGGGUCUUAAGAAAAAUCUUCGAGAUUUUCUACAAAACUCAACAUUACAUGGUCUUAAGUAUAUUGCUGAUGAAAAGAUUACAAUUUUCGAAAGAUCUUUUUUUGGAUUAUCCUUUAUUUUUGUUAUUUUAUGUUCUGCGUUUUUCAUAUCAAAUAUUUACACAAAAUGGAGUGAAACACCAAUUAUCAUUACAACAAGUCCACAACCAACUUUUAUAACAACUAUACCAUUUCCUGCUGUUACAAUUUGUAGUUUAAAUAAGGCUUUGAAAAGUCGUGUUUUGCAACUUGACAAUUCAACAUUAAAUUACACUCUACUAAUGAGUCUUUGCGCUAAGAAUUUUAAGGCAAAUCUGUUUUUUGGUCAAUUAUCUUGGAAGAAUUUCAAAUUACUUCUUAUGAGGGUAGCUCAGCCAUGUGAUCAAAUGCUUGCUUAUUGUCGUUUUGGAUCUAAACCUGAAGAAUGUAUUAAAAUAUUUAAUCCUGUUUUAACUGACGAAGGACUUUGUUGUACAUUCAAUGCUCUCGAUCCACAUUUUCUUUUGAAAAAUUAUACGGAAACUGAACGCUUCGGCAAGAGUACUACAGACGACAAUAUUCCAAUAGAUUGGACUCCCGAAAAAGGGUUUAGUAAUAAUUUACCCUUAAAAUUUUUCCCAAGAGUAGCUGCAGGAACUGGAAGCCAAAUGGGUUUAACGGUUGUAUUAAAUGCAUCAUCUUUUGAAUAUUAUUGCAGUUCUUCGAAAAGUAUUGGAUUUAAGGUUCUGGUACACAAUCCCGCUGAACAACCAAAAAUAAGCAAUUUUGGCUUCCUAGUAACAGCCGGUCGUGAAAGUCGUGUUUCGAUUGAGCCUCAAUACCAAACAGCUGUGUCACAAGUUCGUGGAAUCAGUACAAAAAUACGUCAAUGUUUGUUCUCCGAUGAAGGCAAUUUAAAUUUCUAUCGAACUUAUUCCCGAAAAAAUUGUCAACUCGAAUGUGAAGCUCAUAUAAUUUACAAACGUUGUGGAUGUAUUUUGUAUUAUCUUCCGAAAAUUGAUCCCGAUACGAAAAUUUGUGGACCCAAAGACAAUCAAUGUUCGAAAUCAGUACAAAGUGAAAUUCAAUCGACAAGUGGAAAUUAUUCGUGUGAUUCAUGUUUGCCGGCAUGUUUUGAGUUGAGCUAUAAUCCGACGGUAACUUCUACCAAAAUGGUCGAUGGAGAUUUUGAAACGAAUGAUGAUUAUCCAACGGAAUUAUGGACCGAUAUGGAGGAUGUUACAAUAAUUCAUGUUUAUUAUUUGUCAAAUGUUUUUCGAAGUACAACGAAGGGAGAGAUUUUUGGAUUUACUGAAUUUUUGUCUAAUAUCGGAGGUUUAUUGGGACUUUUUAUGGGUUUUAGUUUCUUUUCUGUAAUUGAAAUCUUGUACUUUAUUGUCUUACGUCCGAAUUGUGACCAAAGAACUAAGAAACGUCAAAAACGAAAGUCAGAAAGAAAUCUUAGAAACAACAACAACGUCUGGAUGACUCCUAUUAAGGGCAGAAAACCAAUCAGAAAUGGUUUCGGAAGCAAUUACCCUAAAAACAAAACAAAUGCUUGGGAUUCACAUCAAUUUUUUAUCGGGCUUGAUAAUGAGCCGAAUGAUGAAGUUUUUCCUUAUAUAAGUUAGGCAACAAUUUAGUAGUAGUCCUGCUUUGACAAAAUAACAAGACGACGCUGUCUUAUAUUUAAGCAUCCUACACACUAAGCACCUCGUCUCACAUAAUAAUGGUUCUUCAUGGAACAUAGACUUCACUUCCGAUUAUAAGCACUUUAUAACCAAAAUCAUAGUUGACCAUUUGACAAAUACGGCGACAAAAAAUACUGCAAGGUUUGGAAUUUCAACGUAUGUACUGUUACAAUAUCAUCAUAGCACAGAAGAGUAAAACUCCUCUGGUACUAUUUACUUCGGGUCUAGAUGAAUUAAAUAUUAAAGUUCGUA